AUGACAACGUACGCAAAAAAGUAUAAUGCGGUUGAAUCAACACGAAAUCGUAUUGUAAAACUUUAUCAAGAUCGAGUUUUAACAAGACCAUCAGUAAAAAAUGUCACUCGUACAGCAGUUGCUAUUGGUUUAGGAAUUAUUGAAGUUGCAGGACUUGAUCCACAAAAGCAGGUUAUUACAUUGAAUGUUAAUUUUGAAUUAAAAUGGUGUGAUGAUCUUUUACAAUGGAAUACAAGUGAACAAGCAUGUGUUAAACGAAAUCGUUCCGAAAUUCUUUUUACUGCAAAUGAAAUCUGGACACCAGAUGUACUUGCAGUCAAUGGACCGGGGCAAUUAUCAAAAGGAUUAAAACUUCAAUAUCCAAUUUCAGUUGUUUGUACAGGCAAUGUUCGAUGGUCAUAUCAAGAAAAACUUGUCGCAUUCUGUGAAAUCGAUGUACGAAACUUUCCAUUUGAUCGUCAAUAUUGUUCUAUCUUACUUCAAUCAACUAUAUAUGAUUCAAGUCAAUUUAAAAUACGUAGUUUAUAUAAUGUUUUACGUUUAUAUAAUUAUAUUACUACGGAAUGGGAAAUUUCACAUGCAACUAUAAAAGAAAUUGAUUUAUAUAAUGCAUAUCAUCGAAGUAAUUUUAGUACACUUCAAAUUGAUAUUGAACUUGUACGAUUUUCACGUUUUUAUAUAUUAAAAAUAAUUGUACCAUUUUUUAUUAUAUCAACACUUGCUGUCUUUUCAUUUUGUUUACCAAUCGAUAGUGGUGAAAAAAUUGCGCUUACUGUUAGUGUAUUACUUUCAUUAGUAUUUUAUAUCCAAUUAAUAUCUGGUUAUGUACCAAAAACUGAACGUGGUGUUUGUACAUUAACAUUAUAUUCCAAUGGAAUAUUUUUUAUUGUUUUCUUGUCAUGUAUAUUUAAUACAUUUACAAUAUUUAUUUAUUAUCAUGAACCCUAUUCACGUCAACCAAAAAAAGUUCGAAAACGUAAAAAAAGUAUUGUAUUUAAUGUACAUAAAUCAUUAAUUGAAUUAAAUAAACAACGAUGGAAAUUUUUAAGAAAACGUAAAAAUAUUGAAGAAAAUCUACCCGAACAAACUGAUGUUGAUGCGAUAGAAUUAUUACAUGAUAUAAGAUAUUUUCGUCAAUCAUUAAUGAAUUUAUUUAUACGACGUAAUUCUCUUAUAACAACAACAUCAUUAGAUUAUCAACAUCCGAUAUUUAAUCCAAAAUCAGAAACAAAACGAUCAGUUAAACGAAUAGCUAUGAUGAUUGAUCGUAUUUUAUUUAUCAUUUAUCUUAUGUUAAUGCCAUUAAGUACUUUACUUUUAUUUCAUUCAGCCCAUCAAUCUCGUUUAGCAUCAUUAACAAAAACAAAUAGUACCAAUCAAUUAGUUGAUUUACGUAAAUCAUCUAUUGAUCCAAUUCUACUUUUUCGUGGAUGUCCGACUUAA